UAUAUCAAUAUGCAAAAAAACAAUUUCUAUUGAAUAUUGUUCAUCCAAGAAUAGUUGUCCACGUGUGGAGUAGCUUAGGAUUACGUUAAGCACCUCUAGCCACAACAUUUUAAGAUGAUGGAUGUUUCUCUCUUAAACAUGCUGAUGCUAGAGAUAAUACAAACAUAUGGAGAAGUUUUAAGUAUGUUUAGUUCCCUUAAAUUUUUAGAAUGACAGGUUGAGUACGAGAGAGCUUGUGUAUUCAUUAUUUUGUUUGGCAACGGGGUGGUCAAUACUACAGGGCAGUUCAUAUGUAAAUCAUAUAACUAUUCCAGCCAAUAUUUGAACCAAUUACCCGGGAGUACAUUAUUUUGUUGCAGGAAAGGUGCAAUUUUAGAUGUCGCAUGUUAAAAUUGUUUUACCUAUCAGACCUAAUUUCGGAUCUGAGUUGCCAAUUUCCUUUCUGUCUGCUUAUUUUGAUUGAAAUGCUGGGUGUGUUACUUACAUUAUGCAGGAAAUCAAGCAGAUGUAAAUCUGUCAGACCCUUUUGGCCCCUUGAAGCAGAGAAAAUAAAAGUGACAAGUCAAUUAUAUUAGUUCAGGAUGCUAUCACCCAUAUUAGGCAAGAUUGUAGGUGAAGUUUCAGCACAAGUGAAAAGACACUUGGAUAGAGUGGUGGCACUAGGCUAAAUAUCUUGAAAUACUAGUUAAAAUUAUGAUAGCGAUACAAUUGCAUAUGAGACCACAUAAACAAGAGUAAAUAUACUCUAUUCCAAAAUAAAUGGUUUAUUGGGGGUGUGACACACUCCUAAAGAAAGUUAAUUAAAGAGUAAUUUGUCAAUAUUACCCUUUUGUUUCUUCCCAAACUUUUCGUAAAACUAGAGUUGAAAAACCCUUAAAGAGAAGGGUAAUUUUGGAAAAGCUAAUUAAUGUCUUUGAACUUUGAAAAAUUCAUUUAUGUUGAAACAUAGAAAAAGUGCUAUAAUUUCAUAACCCUUCGGGGUGGCCUAAUGGUUUGGGCUUGGGACUUCCAUUUUGGAGGUCUCAAGUUCGAAACCCCUUGCCAGCGAAAGUAAGGGGUUUGCCUUUUGGGUAGAGCUCAUCGCACCGGGCUUGCCUAGUGCGGGUUACCUCUCUUGUGUGGUUUGCGAGCUAUUGCAUGGGAGCGGAGGUUUUACCCGUGCGCACCCAAAAAGGAAGGUUUUUUGAGGUACUUAUUGGAACAAGAUCAGAUCCUCUGUUGGAACUGCUCAGUAAAGUGGGACUUCUAUAUACACUGGAGCCAAUUUUUACAGUUAUCUAUGUGGUGAACAUGAAUUCCAUUUGGGAGAAGGUUAUGUCCAGCUUAAGGGCUCAAAUUUUUCAGAGAGUACUGAUUCAAAAGAUUGACUUUUUUGACCGUUACAAGGUUGGUGAAUUAACAGCUCUAUUAACAUCUGAUCUGGGUUCUCUCAAAAAUAUUGUCAGUGAGAAUACUUCACGGGAUCGUGGUUUUAGGGCACUAUCAGAGGUGGUGGGAACAUUAUCCUUAUUGUUUGUUCUAUCUCCCCAACUUGCACCGAUUCUGGGCUUACUCAUGCUCGCAGUGUCUAUUUUAGUCGCUCUGUACAAGAGGUCAACUGUAAAUGUCUUCAAAGCUCAUGGACUGGUCCAAGCAUCAAUAGCUGAUUCUGUGACUGAAUCAUUUUCUGCCAUUCGCACUGUGAGGUCAUUUAGCGGGGAGAAGCGUCAGAUGUCAGUAUUUGCUCGCCAGGUACUUGAGUAUGAAAGUAGUAGCAUAAAGAUUGGAACCUUCAAAUCCUUCAAUGAGUCAGUGACGAGAGUGGCAAUUUAUAUCUCCUUGAUGGCUUUAUAUUGUCUUGGUGGAAGCAAAGUAAAGGCAGGUGAAUUAUCAGUGGGAAUUGUGGCUUCAUUUAUCGGAUAUACAUUUACAUUGACUUUCGCAGUUCAAGGCCUUGUUAAUACCUUUGGAGACCUUCGUGCAGCUCUUGCAGCAACUGAGAGAAUUAACUCUGUUUUAUCCGAUGCUGAAAUUGAUGAAGCACUUGCAUGUUCUUUAGAGAAAGACAUGAAGCAAAAGCAGGUCCAUGAUGAGACUUUAGAAUUGUACUUGGUGAAUGAUUCUAAUGAUAAAAUGCAAUCUACCAAAACAAGAUACAUGUCUACACUAAAAUUUGGUAGCAGUGUGCGAAACCUGGCGGAGACCGGUGAUAUCUGUCUUGAAGAUGUAGAUUUCUCAUAUCCAGUGAGGCCUGAUGUGGAAAUCCUUCGUGGUCUUAAUUUAACCCUAAAAUGUGGAACUGUUACAGCUCUGGUGGGACCAAGUGGUGCAGGGAAAAGUACAGUAGUACAGCUAUUGGCGCGUUUCUAUGAGCCAACUCGAGGUCGCAUAACUGUUGCAGGAGAAGAUUUGCGAACAUUUGAUAAGAGCGAGUGGGCGCGGGUUGUCUCUAUAGUUAAUCAAGAACCGGUUCUUUUCUCUGUAUCGGUUGGAGAAAAUAUUGCUUAUGCUCUCCCUGAUGAAUAUGUAUCCAAGGAUGACGUGAUAAAGGCAGCCAAGGCUGCCAACGCACACGAGUUCAUAAUUUCAAUGCCACAGGGUUAUGACACAUUGGUUGGUGAACGUGGUGGUUUAUUGAGUGGUGGACAGAGGCAGCGAAUUGCUAUUGCAAGGGCUCUACUGAAGAAUGCCCCUAUUUUGAUUCUUGAUGAGGCCACUAGUUCUUUAGACACGAUAAGUGAGCGUCUAGUCCAAGAAGCCCUGGACCAUCUGAUGAAGGGACGAACAACUUUGGUAAUUGCUCACAGAUUGAGCACCGUUCAGAAUGCAGAUCAAAUUGCUUUGUGUUCUGAUGGGAAGAUUGCAGAGUUGGGAACACAUUUAGAGUUGUUGGGAAGGAAGGGUCAAUAUGCUUCUCUGGUUGAUACUCAGAGGCUCGCAUUUGAAUAACGUACAGCACUUUGUUUUGCUAGUUUAUCAGAACAAUUUCAGGGGCAGAACAUGAGCCAUUAUUACAGAUCGAAUGUUGAAAGUCUGGUGGAUGGAUGGAUAAAUGGAUAUAGCAAGAAAAAAAACAGUGGGACAAGUCCUCCCUUUUUAUUUUGGAACAUGGCCAAGUAUACAAAGUUUACAUACUAUAAACAGCUGAUGUAAAAAUUGAUACAAUUGCAGUAUAAUGUAAUUCCUGUAUCAAUGGCACUCACGUCCAGGUUCCCAUGAAUUCUACACUUUCUGUAUUACAAAAUUCAUUAUUGAAUGUUCUUUAACUUCAAGUAUACAA